CAAAUAUCGCCUCCCAUACCAACAUGUCUAAAUCGCUGCAACUCAAGGAAGAAGGCAACCGCCACUUCCAAGCCGGCGACUACAUCGGUGCCGAUGGCCUCUACUCCAAAGCGUAAGUCCCAAUUCAACCUCUCUCUCUCUCUCCCCUCAACAACAAACCCCCAAAUCUCACACAAAAGCAUCAUCAACAGCAUCAUCGCCGACGCCAAAAACCCAGCCCUCUACACCAACCGCGCCAUGGCCCGCCUCAAGCUUGGCCACUGGGAAUCCGUCAUCGCCGACUGCCAGACCUGCCUCGCCCUCUCCCCCAGCAACAUGAAGGCCCACUACUACCUCGCCCAGGCCCAGCUCUCCAUCCGCGACUUCGACAGCGCCCUCGAAAACGCCCUCGCCGCGCACAAGCUCUGCGCCGCCACAAACGACAAGUCGCUCGGCGCCGUCACGGCCAUGGUGCUCAAGUGCAAGAAGGACCGGUGGGGGGAUCGCGAGAAGAAGCGUCUGCGGUUGGAGCGCGAGGUGGAGGAGCGCAUGCUGGAUUUGUUACGGAGGGAUCGCGAUGAGAUGCUCAUGGCGGAGGAGAGCGAGAUUGAGCGCAGGAUGAUUGAGGAGGAGGCGAAUGAAAAGAUUGCGACGCUGAGCAGUGUUUUUGAAGCGUCUAGGUCGCAGAACCAAAAGAAGCGCGAGGUUCCUGACUGGGCUAUUGACGACAUUAGCUUUGACAUCAUGGUCGAUCCCGUCAUUGUAAGUUUUCUCACCUUGGAUAUUCACUUAUACAAAAGAGACAGUAUACUUAUAUUUCCCCACAGACAAAAACAGGCAAAUCCUACGAACGCGCCACCAUCAUGGAGCAUCUCCGCCGCCACCCCUCCGACCCCCUCACCCGCGAGCCUCUCUCCGCCUCUGACCUGCGGCCCAACCUAGCCUUGCGGCAGGCGUGCGAGGAGUUUCUGGAGCAGAAUGGCUGGGCCGUCGACUGGUAGCUUUCUAUCUUUCGCCGCAGACAGCUCAUGUAGCUCGAGUGGUAUCACUCAGCUCAUUCGAGCAACAAUGGCUUCUCUUUCUGCCUUCGACAUGUUUUCGAUUAUAUUGUAGCGGGCGAUGCG